AUUUCCUAAUUACAAACAUUAAAUUAUAUAUACUAUGUGCUCUUGUAGUGUCAUUAAACAAAACACACUUUAUAACACAAACACACAUUUAUAUCGCUUACGACGCAUACGACACACUUAAAAAAGAAACAAACGCAUAUAUGUAUUGUUAUUUUGCUCCGCUGUAAAAAUGUUACACACGCGACUGGCUGACCACUUCUUUCCUAGGUGGGUCAUUUUGUUCAUGGGCAUCACAGUUACCUGUGCACCGGCUGAUUGACACGACAGGUAUGUCGCUGAUGACCCAUUUUCAGGGAAAAUGAUUUGUUUUCGGCUCGACUUGAAAACACUGCGAGGAUUAGAGUUUUUAUCUGUGGCCGUGUAGAAUUCUGAGGUUGGAUUUAUUCCGUGCUGUGACGUGACUCACCGAUUACCAAUAUUCGACCGGAGAUCCCCUGCCAGGAUGGAGGGUUUUCCCACUGCGUUUAUUUUAGCCAGACGUGAGGACGUGAUCAGCAACCCCGACGUCUUGUUUCGCCUCGUCAUACCGACGUCCACGAAGGACGGGGUACAGUCGGCAGCCGGCCUCGUCAACGUCCUACCACAGCGAAGAGUUUAUCGUAUGCAGACGGCGAAUGAAAUCGAAUUGUUCAAGCGUGAAUUAUUGAGACGCCCCCUGGUGUUACAGCCAGUAUGUCAUACCGGGGUUGGAUGUAACCGUGGAGGCAUGUCGUGUGGAAUGUGUUACACUGACGUUAACUGGGUUCUGCUGAUCAACCAAACGCACCCCAAGGUCCUCGGUCGUCUACAGAUGGGGAUAGAUGCAGCCAAGGGCGCCAUGAGCAGAGGGGAUCCAUUUGUCCUACAGUACAAUUUUGGCACGUUGCUGGAGCGAAUCCACCAAGAGCUGUUCCAAGAGUAUGACGUAGUGACCCACGCCGAGUGGGACUUUGCCGAACUGACCGUCAAGUACCCCGGCAGGAUCGGAGAGAUGCCCAGACUGAGCACUCUCGACCCCAGGACUCUGCUUAACCAGUACAUGCCCGAGUGCAGGGAACUGACAUUUGAUUUUGCUGACCUGGAAGCUGAGGAAGUCGGACUGGUUGACAAUAAGUCAGGUUUCGUCGUAAGCAGACCAAUUGAACCUGUUUUGGAAGAGGAAAUCCGAACACUUCUUCCUGGCUGGACUGUCAACGAAAUCUCCCCGCUGGACAACAUCGGCGAGAAGGUUCCCGCGACAUACAGCUACGCACAGGCCGGCCGGCUGUACGAGAGUUUCCGCAAGAAAAACAGACACAGACCGCCCAACAGAAACAACAGAGUGGAGUCCCCUAGAGCAGAAGCAAUUGAAAUGACUGAUGUCCAUUUACCGGCGUCAGGUGACCGAAUCGACAACCCGGGUGCCGUGGGGUCAGCGUCAGCGUCAGGAGCGUACCAGUACGGACCGAGUUAUUACGACAGCAUUCCACAGAGUGAAUUCAGUUCAGAAAAACUGAACGGUAUUGGCCUGUGCGACGGUGACCGUCUACAUCACAGAGACAGCGACCGAUCCCAGUCGACGAUAGCCAGCUCGGGACCCGCCGACAGCGGCUACGCGGGCCAUGACAGUGACGGAUUCGGUGACGUGGCUAACGGACACCGGAAGCCGUACCACGUGCCAGACCCUUACAGCAAUCUGGGGCCCAAUGUGAAAAGUAACAGGUACGAAAACGUGCACGUGAACAUGGGGUACCAACAUGAUGAGGACGCGGAAAGAGAGGCCUUAAAGAGGCACAGCGAGUAUGUGGCAAAGAUGCUGCAAGGGAACGGACCGCACGGUGAGCCGGCUGUGAACAGACCGUACAGUCGAUACGACUCUCCCAGCAACGGCUACGUGGCAACAGAGGUGCAGGUGCACUCCCCGCAUGGGAAAUCAUUGCAAGGACCCCACGAUGGGUACACCACUUCCAGGAACGGGUAUGGGGACGAAAGGGCGCAAGUGCAUUCGCCACAUGGUGGACAGUAUACGCGAGAGCCCCAUGGUGGUUAUGCUCCUACCACCAACUACCGAGGUAAUGACCUGGCUACAGGUCCAAAGGCCAUGCCUCGGAAGAGUCGGACACACAGAGCGCCAGUAGAUCUAGCAGGGGCUGGCGGGUCACCAGACUAUAGAAAUGGCAUGCAUCAAACACUGGAAGCAACCCAAGUGUCUGAAAGUUUUAUUUGAACAAGAUUCUGUAUGUGGCUACAAGCAACCCCAAGUGUCUUAAAGUUUUAUUUGAAUAGGAUUCUAUGUGUGGCAACCAGCGCCCCGUUCCACGAAGCGAUCUUAACGCUAAGAUCACCUUAAUGCAUAAGGUAGUUAUGUGCUUAAGGUGAUCAUAGCUCUAAGAUCGCUUCGUGGAACGUGGCCCAGAUCGAAUGUUUGAGUCUACUGUGGUGUCUAGUGAUAUUAUUCGACUGUAUUUUAUUACGUCUGCGCCAGGCAGGGAAGAUGUGGGGUGAUGUAAUUUUGUUCAACUAUGAUGUCCCUUCUGGAAAACAAAUCAAAUGUUUAGUUCUGGUAAUGUGUCUAAAAAUGUUAGUCUACUUUAUUUGGUAUUUUGUGUGUGCGUCAUAAAAUGUCAAGAAUGGAAUGCGUAUUGAUUCUCAUUAACAAAUGUCAACUCUCCACUUGAUUCUGAAGUGAUCUGUGGACACGCCGUUUCAUCUGGUGUCGUCUUACCUUUGAUGUACCACACUGAUACUUUAAUAUCCACCAUGUUCUUCCAGGGCGAGUCAUUGCACUAGAUUAAAUCUUAAUCAUACAUGUCGAGGGAUGACAACCAAGGCCCGUGAUUUUAAACCUUUUAGAGUCUAGACUCAAACAUCUAAUUCAGUACAUCAUCUGUAUCACAUUAAAGUGUCAGACUCUGUUGGAGUCUUGAGUCUUAGACUCUACACGUUUUAUAAGCAUCAGACCAGAACUGGUUAUGUCCAGUCUUUGCAAGAAUGAGGGUAGUUCCCUAUUUGUAUUUCUUUCUUUUUUAAUUUAAUUUUGUAUUAUUAUUAUUUGUGGGAUGGGGCCUGAACAUUCAUUUAUUAGCUAUAUAAUUUGAAUAAACAAAUACUUCGAGGUUCCAUUUAAUACGAUCUGGUUGUUCGUUUUAGAGUGAUGUAAGACAGUAAUUUUUUAAAUAUGAACCAAACAGAUAUCUUAUCAUCUUUGUUGUGCCAUGGUGAAAUGUAAAAUAUGAACAUUGAAAUCCAGUCGUCGUCAGUUCUGAUCCGUGUAUAAAUAUCAAUUGGUGACAAGCCUUCGAUAAUUUCAGUCAUGUCAAUCGUUUUAACAUGGGUAUGGGUUGUUCUCCUUAGUUAGUGCUCAGAAGGACGUUUACCGGCAGGUCUUUCAGUCAGGCGUUAAUGUAUACUUCAGUACUGUGAUUUAAUUACGGAUUUCCAAAUAUAUGGCGUAAGGCACCUUUCUAUUUGUUCUGUUCAUUGGCAUUGUGAUGAUAAAUGAAACGAAACACAUACACACACACACACACACACACACACACAGACACAGAGAGAGAGAGAGAGAGAGAGAGAGAGAGAGAGAGAGAGAGAGAGAGAGAGAGAGAGAGAGCGAGCGCGAGGGAGGCAGGCAGGCAGGCAGGCAGGCAGGCAGAGGCAGAGGCAGAGGCAGAGAUAGCACACACACAUCAUGCAUUGGCCAACAAUAGCCUUUUUCGUCUGGAGUGUUGUUUAUGGAUUGUGUUUACCUAUCUGCAGUUAUGUCUUCGUUAUCUUGAUUUUGUUUACCUAUCUGCAGUUAUGGCUCGGUUAUCUUGAUUUUGACAUAAUGAAAUCCACGAAGCAUGUUUCAUUCACAGUUUAUCUUGUUUUAGUAUUUUACCUUAUUUUGUUUUUAAUGUUAUCUUGUUUAAAAAAAUAUUGUCUGUGCUACUUUUUCUAUUCACUAUAUGUAUAUAUGCUUGGAAAUAACAACGGACAUUUGAGGUAGGAUCAUAAUAUAUUCAAAGAAACAUACGGCUGAAAUAAACCAAGUGUACAUUUCAGUUAAAAAUUAAAUAUAUAUUUUUAUACUUAAUAGUGAUUGAAUGUGUUAUAUUUGUAUAUAUUUAACUGUGAUGAAAUGUAAAGUAAAACAAUACGUAAAUAGUUGUUAGUUGCAUUAGUUUGGACAACAGUUAGAGAUGUACAUGUAUAUAUAGAAAUAGUUUUACUAGUUACAUACUAGUUAUAUAUUUAAAAUACUAUAUUUUA